UGUUAUUUUCGGUUAUUUACGGUUGCUCGAAAUAAACGAAUGGCCGAAAAUUUUCAUCCACUUCCUUUUCCGCUGUUUACCAAUUUCUGGUAAAGGUAGCCAUACAAGAUGGGUAUCUCAGUCAAAGAUGUUAAUGCCCAUGAGUUCACCAAAGCUCUUGCUGAUUUUUUGAAAAGGACUGGUAAAGUCAAGGUUCCUGAAUGGGCAGAUAUAGUGAAACUUGGCAGAUUCAAUGAACUCAGUCCUUAUGAUGAAGAUUGGUUUUACAUCAGAGCAGCAUCUGUUGCUCGCCAUUUGUACAUCCGUGCCCCCUGUGGUGUCGGAGCUCUGACAAAAAUCUAUGGAGGAAACCAGCGUAAUGGAACAACUCCCAGUCAUAACUGCCGUGGCUCAAGAAGUGUAGCUCGUAAAGUCCUCCAGGUCCUUGAAUCACUUAAGAUGGUUGAGCAGGAUGCCAACACUGGUGGUCGUCGUCUGACAGCCCAGGGUCGUCGUGAUUUGGAUAGAAUUGCAAGCCAAAUUAAAGGUGGAAAGAAACAACAGAAAUAAAUGUUUUUAAUUUAAUGUC